CCCGGGACCUGCUCGUCUUAGCAGGCGGUCUUGGCCGGCAGCCCUCGUGGGCGCUGCGCUCGCGACGUUGCAGGGUGGCGAGGUUCCGCUCAGGCGCCACCUGCGUAGGUCUGAUCGCGGCAGGGGGCGGGGCCGGCGAGGCCCCAGUGACCCGGUGCUUCCCGCCGGGCCGAGGGAGCCAGCCUGGGGCUCCGAGCAGGGCCGGCCGCCUCGUGACCGCCGCAGUCACGCCGUCCUUAAUCACCACUGGCCUGCGCGCCAGGCUGGCCACGCUCGCCCUCCCCCAAGCCAGGCGGCCCAGGGGAUUUUUGUGGUGGCUUGUUCUGAAAUGCCAAAGCCACCCGAUUAUUCAGAACUGAGUGACUCUUUAACGCUUGCCGUGGGAACAGGAAGAUUUUCGGGACCACUUCACAGAGCAUGGAGAAUGAUGAAUUUCCGUCAGCGGAUGGGAUGGAUUGGAGUCGGACUCUAUCUGCUAGCAAGUGCAGCAGCAUUUUACUAUGUUUUCGAAAUCAAUGAGACUUAUAACAGACUGGCUUUGGAACACAUUCAACAGCACCCAGAGGAGCCCCGGGAAGGAACUACAUGGACACAUUCCUUGAAAGCUCGGUUACUUUCCCUGCCUUUUUGGUUGUGGACAGUUAUUUUUCUCAUACCUUACUUACAGAUGUUUUUGUUUCUUUAUUCUUGUACAAGAGCUGAUCCCAAAACUGUGGGCUACUGUAUCAUCCCCAUAUGUUUGGCAGUUAUUUGCAAUCGCCAUCAGGCAUUUGUCAAGGCUUCUAAUCAGAUCAGCAGACUCCACCUGAUUGACACAUGAACUCUGUCCGUUUUUCUCUAUGAUUACAAAACUGCCAGUACUUUAUGGAGUCUGAUCACAAGACUGCAGUUUCUCCACAGAUCUCAGGAAGUUGUGGUAGGGUAGAGGUUUUUUAAAUGUGACAUG